AAUCUCACGGGCGGUAAGGUUGGCCUUUCCGCUACAUGUUUUCAGCAUCGUUGAUCAUCUAGUCUUUUUAAGAAAUGAUAAGUGGAGCUUAGAUUUGUUGUCAAUACUUUUUUGGUACAUGUCUUAGAGGACCUCGCUUUUUAGUACCCUGGGCAUUUCAGCACUCAGGUUAUUUCUAAAAUCGUCCACACAUCACCCGUUGUUUGCCGACGUUUUAGAACUCCAUAUUUUAUGGGUACCCUACCAAAAAAGCAAGGCAUGAAAUCUGAUGGGCGGACGCUCUUGGACGAAGGUAUGUCCAUCUAAUUACAGUUAAAGUGUUACAUCCCCUCAUCCUUUCUUGACAAGCUUCCGUUGUAAACGAUUACAAACCUUUUCAUUUUACGCUCGAUAUCAUCCAAUAAAUAUUGGUAAUGUUUCACCUAAAAGUUGUUUAUUUCUACAUCUGCAAUGUUUUUGUUACAUGUGUAAGCUAUAAAUACUGUAAAGGUUCAAAUAGCAUAGUUUUUGACCAAAUAAACUAUAAGACUAUCAUAACCUUAUUAGGUGGCUGUUAUAGAUUGAGGGUCCAUUCUCCCAAUGAAAAUAAAUAUUCUCACUAAAGCUUUAAUGCAUCUAUGACUAGUUAACCUGUCUUGAGUUGAUCCCCAAAACUCAAUGUCUGCUUGUGUAAGGCGAAACACGGAGAGACUAUAAUUUAUGGACGAACCACUCAGAUCGAUAACAGAUUUUGGCGCAAAAUUCACUCAUCCAUUUGGUUGGAUGGAGUUUUGGCAUUAUAGCUGAUGUCAGUUCGUGAUGGAAACUCCAUAUCUUAUUCAUAACCUUAACCAUCAACUGUAUAUAUUAAUCCUAACCCCUCACGCUGGUUUAUAACCCUCAGUUAGCCGUAGUAUGUAGGCGGACAUUCUCAAGGUCUCUUUAGCUUCACUCAAAGGUCGUCCAUAAAUUACAGCUUCACCAUACUUCUUGUGAAUAAGCUUUAUGUCACAGACUAACCAAGUUUAUAUUCAAAUAUCCUUUUUUCAUAUGUCUAGUUAACUAGCUGUAGAUAUUCGAUAUUUUACUUAAUCCCUCACCCUCGUCCUCUCUUGAUAUAAUCUUUCUAUAAGCAUUUAAUGAAAGCACACUAUACUGACUUAUCAGUCAACCAGGCGAUACUGCCUAGUUUUAUGGCAAUUAACAACAAAAGCCAAUAAGAUUACUGUGAAAUAGUGAUUUUGAUAUGAUAAAUAACCCUUUAUAUGUUAACUUAUUGAUUAGCGUAAAGGAAAAAGGUCGAGUUUACAAAUUUGGAACGGGGAUAGUGUUGUAGGUUGGAAUCAUAAGCCUAUAAAGUUUUAGUCACAAACCGAAACUAGCUAUAAUUGAGAAAGGUUAGGGUUUGUUAAUAGGAUUUAGAUCACAUUUAUGCAUUAGGAUAACGAAUCAAGUUUCGGGUGUUUAUCACUAAAUGACAUUAGCUAUAAUAAGACGAUACUUUUCUACACCUUUAUUCACAAAAUUGCUUUGGAAUUAGGAGUUAGAGUGAGAGGAUACUCUCUAGCUGCACAAUCACCAUUGACUAUGCACUGAAUCAUACCGUAUAAUAUAACACAGUGCAUCAGGAGCAGGUAUUUCUUGUUAUCUAGCUUAGAUACUAUAUUGUAUUCACUGAUUUGUUUGCACAAUAGGUUGUUUUUAAACACCAAUUUUAAGCAUCUUAGAAACCUGUCAUUGUCAAAUUUUACUUAGUUAAUCACAAAAUACAAGAUAUCUAGCACUGGGCUUCUAAUUUAGCGCAAACAUUUAUGAGCUUCUUUUCAUAGUGAUUGCCCCCAAAUACCCUGGCAUGGUCGAGAGUGGGGAGAGCCAGCUCUUCCCCAAAAUGCUCCCACAUGGCCACACAUACAAUCACUAUCAAGGAAGUCCUUCUUGUGGCGAACCGGUUGUUUACGAGAUUGAGAGAACGAAAGUCGAAUGUCUGGCGCUUUAACUGGGUUGGUGGACUCGGAGAGUUCACCUAGGGGAGUUGGAAAACCCUAAUUCCAAACCAAUGGUGCACAUGAGCUCCAGUAUCCUAAAGGAACAAAAGGCGUAUGAACCUUUUUUUGGUCACCGGCUACUAUGGAAGUGCAUCUCCUAACUUUACUUCACUGUCUUGUGUAUUAGACUUGUAGGUCAAAGGCUCUGGGUGUAGUGCCCUAAGAAAAUCACCUGCUUUGGUUUGGACGUUCGGGCAGUAUCACAGCCCUCACAAAAAUCGAAUGACGAAGUAUGGACUACUACUCAGUAACGGCAUUCAGAAAGAUGAAUGCAUUUCGCAAGGAGGGGCAGCUCUGUGAUGUAGUUAUCAAAGCAGAGGGAAGAGAAUUUUUAGCUCACCGUGUAGUUUUGGCAGCUUCCAGCGACUAUUUCGACGCCAUGUUUUCAAGUGGGAUGGCUGAAUCAGCGCAGUUGGAAGUUGAACUCAAGUCCAUCACUCCUGAAAUAAUGGAUACCCUUCUAGAUUAUGUGUACACUGGUCAAGUUCGUGUAAGCAUGGCUAAUGUCCAAGACCUUCUUCCAGCAGCAAGUCUUGUUCAGAUGGAGGGUGUUAAAGUUGCUUGCUCUAAUUUUCUCUUGACGGAAGUAGAUUCCACGAAUGUUCUUGGCAUCAGACGAUUUGCUGAACUGCAUAACUGUGUAGAAUUAGAAAAGUUUACACGAAACUUUGCAGCCUGUAAUUUUGAGUCAGUUGUUGACUCGGAGGAAUUCGUAUGCCUCACACCUGAGGAAUUGCUUGAUCUUAUUACAAGAGAAGAUUUACACAUUGACAAUGAAGAAUCUGUAUAUAACGCUGUUAUGCGCUGGGUAUAUCAUCAACCAAUUGAAAGGGUCGCGAAUCUUCCUUCUUUGCUUCGAAACAUUCGUCUUUCAGUUAUGUCAGUUCGAUUCCUCACAGAUGUUGUGGAUAAAGAUCGUCUUAUUCGACAAUCUCUCGAGUGUCGGGAUUUGGUAGAUGAUGCGAAACGAUUUCAUUUACGUCCAGAUUUACGCCAUGAAAUGCGUGAUCGAAGAUUUCGUCAGCGUGACGGUGGCAAUGAGUACUUAGUUGUUAUUGGUGGUUUCGGUUCUGAUCAGGACCCUUCGGAUUCCGUUGAAAUGUUUAACCCACGAACCUUAGAAUGGAACGAGUUACCUGAUUUACCGAUAAGUUACCGCUAUGUAGCAGCAUGUUCAUUGGGUACAUGUGUCUACGUCAUUGGUGGUUUUGAUGGAAAUGAAAGACUAAAUACCGUAUACUCCCUUGAUAUCGCUCAGAGAGAAGAAGGUUGGCGUUUACUUACUCCAAUGCACUAUAAAAGAGGUCUAUCUGCUGCUUGUACAAACAAAGGUCUAAUCUAUGUCUGUGGUGGUUUCGAUGGUCAGUCGCGUCUUCGGUCCUUUGAAGUUUAUCAUCCAAAAAUUGACGAGUGGAGAAUUUUGGAAGAAAUGACUACAGCAAGAGAAGGCGCAGGUCUUGUUGUUGUAGAUGAUACACUUUACUGUUUAGGAGGUUAUGAUGGAUUCCACCUACUGAACAGCAUGGAAGCCUUUGAUCUUCAUUGUGGUACGUGGUCUGUGUGCAAACCAAUGUACAUGCGUCGGUCGGGAGCUGGUUGUGCUUUGUUGGGGGAUACUAUUUAUGUAUGCGGUGGUUAUGGUGGCGCUGAAGGCCGCGGUCCUUCACAUUUGGAUACUGUAGAAGCUUAUAAUACAUGGUUGGCUCAGUGGACUUUGGUUACAAGUAUGAAUGUCCCUCGUUGUUACGUUGGUGCUUGCCCAUUGGCUGGCAAGAUUUAUGUUGCUGCUGGAUAUAAUGGUAAUAGUCUACUGGAUACUGUAGAGUCGUACGAUCCAAUCGAAAAUACGUGGUGGCUACACGAAGAAAGUAGAAUGAAUCAUGAGCGAUGUGACACUGGUAUGUGUGUUGUACGAUUCCCAACAUGUUCUAUCAGUCAAGAUACUCUUACGCCAAUUCUAACAUCAAGAAACGUAAUGAACUCCACUAAUAUUCAUUCAUCUCCAUCAGCUGUUUCAUCUGCUUCGGUUAAUUUUCAUUCAGCAAUCAAUCAGUCAUCCAAUUGGCAGCUAAACGACUUUAACACCAAUCGAACUAAUAAUGUACGCAUAAACACACAGAUUUCUGUUGGUCACACUAAUCCAUCAUCAUUUCAGGGUAGUCCAUCAUCAUCCACUCGAAAUAUUCUGUCUUCGUCAGUCAGUGAACCCUUUCGUACUGGUUCACAAUUUGGUUGUUCAUCUGCAAGUAUGAAUGUAUGUAAUGUUAAUUCUCAAUCUCCUGGGAAUUCUCACAUGUCUUCCAUUCAUCGUAGAUCUAAUCGUCAAGUUCGUAGUCAUUCUUCACGACAGAAUAGUUUGUCAAAUACUGCUUCUGUUAAUGGAAGAGAAUUAAGAAACUCUAGACCACCAAGGCAUUUACUUUCGUUGACUGCAUCCAGUUUAUAUCCUGGUAAUAUAAAUGUUUGGAAUCCCAAAAGUAUGCGUUUACCAUAUGUUGCACAAGGAAUGCACAACCCCAGAAAUAAUAGAUCACUUCUUCCAUCCUUGUUAUGCAACCCACAUAAUAUUUUACGCUGUGACACUACACCCAUAUCUCACUUAACUCAACAGGCCGAGAAUCCAUUAUUAAAUCAUAAUGAAACUCUUAGCCAUACUUUAGAUAAUAUACCUUCUUCCUCUGAGGAAUCUUAUAUCAUCCAAAAUAAUGAAUCUACUGUGAAUUCUGCAUUCAGUGUGAUGCAACAAACGGACCAACUACUAGACAACUGUGGAAACGUUGACAUAAACGAGUUAGCCUCUAAUCUCAAUGCUUCUCAUUUUGAUGCAUCAACUGUUACUGGGUCUCACUUACCAGCAUCUCAGAGAAGCAGUUGCAGUAGUCCUACUUUGGUAUCUGAUAUACAUCAUUCUGCCCCUGAAUAUGGCUCUUCUGCAUCAUGUAAGCAUGAUUUGUUUAGAUCCGUUGAUGCAAUUAACCGUCUUGAUUCAGAUAACGUUUUCUGGUCAAUAUCCAAUAUAUCGACAUUUUCCGUCAUAGAAAACCCUACUGCUAGUACUUUUCCAAAGGCCACCACUUUUAAUGAGGACUCAUCUAAUAACGUAGUUAUUGGGACGCAAGCUGAUAAUAUUUCUGGGAAUGUUAAUUUAGAUAAUAUUCCUAGUAGAAACUAUGUUAGUUUGGUGAGCGAUUCACCUGAUGAACAAGAUCAUACUAAUGCGUUUGGUGAUGUUAGUCGAGAGCAUGGUGAUUUGGUCAAGUGUACUGAUCGUUCAAGUUACAAAACGCGCACUUUUAUGAACACUUUGAUAAAUAAACCAAGAGAACUUCAAUCAAAUCCAUGUGUUUUAUCUUCAAACGAUUCUUCUGAACUACCUUGUGAACAACCAUGUGAUAUCACUUUAACAUCCAGUUAUUCAUGUAAUUCUUCAGUCUCCAUACCAAUUGCUAAAGUUAAGCCAUGUUCUUCAACAGUCGUGGAAAAUUCAUGUACAACAACUUUAAAUACACUACCUCCUUCCAUACGAAACACAUCUUCCACUCAACAAGUAAAUGACCCAUCAAUCUGCCGUAACAAGCCAACAUUUGACCAACUAUGUCAGCGAUAUAAACCUGUAAUGCCCCAUUCGUUUAAAACUGAUCCAAUAUGGCCCUUUAGAUAUAAUACUGAAUCAUGUCAGACUCAUGGUGCUCAAGAAGAUAGAAUAAUUACUUCGGCGAAUGAUCAGAAGGCCUCAUCUUCAUUAUGUGAAGUUAAUGACCAGAGAGUAAUCACCAUAGGGGAAACCUCUUUUGUUUUUGGUGUCAGCGAAUCAUCUCACGCGUAUUCUGAAUCAGAUGAUCUGCUAAUCAGAAACCAAUCAGAUAAUCCUAAUCAGACUGGUGUUUCUGUGAAGCCAGAUGUUACGUGCACUACAUCAGUCGUUGAGUCCAUACACUCAACAGGUGCUCCUGGAUGUAGUUCGUCAAAUUCUGAUGAUGCACUUGUAAACCAACCGCAUAGUCUGAUAGAUAAUCCAUCUAAUUGUGAGCCUGAUAUAACAUUAUGUACAGUGGUUUGCAAUCCAGGUAACGUGGAUGACAGUCCAGAACCACAACCGGAUACAAGAUCAGAUGGUGAAGGGGAAGAAGGAGACGACUUAGAUGUUGUCCUGAGGAAUCCUGCAGUUGGUCAGGUUGACGAUGAUUUAUGAUCUCAUAUCGUAUUUUUUUGUGAAUUAUAUUCCUUUUUAUUAAUUUACUAUUGCCCUACAUGGUGUUUAUUGUAUCUAUCAUUCUUUAUUUGCUUAGUUAUUGUGUUAGUGUGACCGAAUAAUUCUGCAAACGUUUUCAGCCGUCACUUACAUAUGAUCAUUUGUCUGUUUUGUUCCACUUUCCCUUUUGAUUGAUUUUGAUGCAUCUUUGGUACGGUUUGUUCCUAAACUUUGUCUCCUCACAUUUGUAUAUUUUUAGUCAUAACAAGGUGAUACUUGAUUUUCUUUAAAGCUUCCUUGUGUUUAUAUCGUUAGAACUACGAGCGAUCGUGUAGUCUCAGUCUUAAGUGUUGUGUACUGAUUUGUUUGUACGUACCUGUGGUCACGCAAUCUCGUCUGUGUUCAAGAUAUAACACUGAUUGAGUGUUAGUUCUACCAAAAUAUCUACACAAAGAAACUAGUGAUUUUUACAAUAAUCAACACUUUAAGUCAUUGACGUUAUCCCGUAGAACAUAACUAUCAGUCUCCCACUACAUAGUGUAGUGAUUACAGUCCGAAGUUGUCAUUAUGAUAAAACUCCAAAAUAAAUAUCUGCUUCAAUAU